AUAAUUAAUCAGGACUAAUUGCAAUUGCAGUCAUGCCUGUACCUCCACCCAAUGCCUAUACCUCCGGUACGAAACUUACGGUAGGAUCUCAUAAUAUUUCCAUAAUUAAAUAUAUAUCAGAAGGAGGAUUUGCUCACGUUUAUACUUGUAAUAUUGAUCCUCCAUUUAAAGGAUCAACUGUAGCAUGUUUAAAGAGAGUUGAAGUACCAAACAAAUGGCAAUUACGAUUACUUAGACAGGAAGUGGAUUCCAUGAGACGAUUAAGAGAAAAUCAACAUAUCGUAUCAUAUAUAGAUUCUCAUGCAUCAAGAUUAGGUAGUACAAGUACAAGUACUACUACUACUAAACCUAGUUCAACUGAUCAGAGAUAUGAAGUAUUCCUUUUAAUGGAAUAUUGUGAAAACAAUGGAUUAAUAGACUAUAUGAAUACUCGAUUAGUUAAUAAACUUCAAGAACAGGAAAUUUUAGAUAUAGCGUAUCAAGUAAUUAUUGGAGUAGCUAUGUGUCAUCAUUUAACUCCUCCAUUACUUCAUCGAGAUAUUAAAAUUGAAAAUGUUUUAAUUGAUAGUAAAGGAACUUAUAAAUUAUGUGAUUUUGGAUCGGCUGUACCUUAUAUUCCAGCUCCAAGAACUCCUCAAGAUGUUCAACAAGUAAGAGAUGAUAUUAUGCAACAUACAACUCCACAAUAUCGAGCUCCAGAAAUGAUUGAUUUAACUAAAGGUUUCCCUAUCGAUGAUAAACUGGAUAUUUGGGCUCUUGGAUGUUUUAUUUAUAAAUUAUGUUAUUAUACAACUCCAUUUGAACUGCCAAAACAAACUAAUUUACAAGAUUUAGAAAAUCUGAUUUUAAAUUGUAAUCAAACUUUAAGAUUUAAUGAUCAACCAGGUCUGAUGUUUUCAAGAAGAUUAAAGAAUAUCAUUGCUUGUUGUUUAAGACCUGAUCCAAGAAGAAGACCCAAUGCUGUUCAAUUAUUAGGAGAAAUUGCUUCAAUGAAAGGUGAUGUAUUACCAAGUGUUAUACCUUAUAGUGUUAAAGAACAAUUACUUCAUAUGAAAGCUACAGAAAGUGUUGAAAGUAGUAAUAAAUUAUAUGAAACAUUCGAUAGACCUAAAAUGUCUAAAUCAGCCGAAAAUUUACAUAUUGCUGAUCCAUUUGCUUCUAUUGAUAAAUCAAGUUUACUUACAACUGAUAAUAAUAAUAAUAAUAAUAAUAAUAACAAUGGACAAAUCCGUACAAAUAUAAAGAACAUUCCUAGACCUAGAUCAACAUUUAUAACUGAUUCAACAUCUCGAACUAAUGGGAAUGGAUUUAUUAAUAAUCAAAAUAAUAAUAAAUCUACUUCUGCUCUUAAAGAUUAUGUUCAACGACAAUUAGUUGAUAAUGAUGAAAAACUUUCAAAUCGGAAAAGUUUGGAUGAAGAUAAUGGAACUUUAAAGUUUUUAAAAUCUAAAGAAGAAGAAGCUAAUAGAUAUAAUCAUAGAAAUGAUACUGGAGGUAGUUUUAAAGAUAUUUUAAGAAAAAUUAGUACUGGAAAUAGUAUUAAUGGAUAUCAAAGUGCUAAUAAUACUGGUAAUAAUGGUAUUGGUAAAAAGAGUAAGAUUUCUUCAAUUAAGAAAAUACUUACAGGGAAUUCUCAACGGAAAGUUAGUCAAGAUGAUAGAAGUAUUGAAAUUACUCAAGUUCCCGUACAAAAGUUAUCUAUUCAAAGAAGAAUGCAAGAUUUAUUAAAUAAUAGUGAUGGUACAAGUUCUAAUGUUCAAAAGACAGCUAAAGGUUAUGGAAGAUUUACUGAUGAUAAAGAUUCUGAAGAUAUAGAUGCUAUUAAUGCUUUACCAACAUCUGAUAAACAUCAUCAUUAUCAUCAUAAACAUAAAUCAAUAUCUCCUCCUGCAGUUCCCUUAAGUUUAUCUAGUUCUUCGAAUUCUCGAAGUAUGGAAAAGAUUAGGAAAGUUGUACCACCAAUUGAAGGUAAACUGGCAGUUACUCAACUUCCAGUUACUAAACUUCCAGUUACUCAACUUGCAGUAACUAAACCUGUAGUAACUAAACCUUCAGUAACUAAACCUUCAAUAAUUUCUCCUAUUAAAAAGGCUCAAACAGAGAAAUUACCACCACCUAAACCUAAAAAGCCUAAUUACUUAAAAUCAGAAAAUUCUAGAAGAUUAAGUAAUUCUAGUGAUUUAUCACUACCUGAUUUGGAUGAUUUGGAAAAGCAAUUCUCCAAGAGAUUCCCUAGUUAUGUUUAAUUAAUUAACUCACGAAAUGUUUAUUCAUAUAAUCAAGUAAAUAAUUACAAAUAA